GCUCCCAGAUGCAGGACACAGGUAGAGUAUGAAGCAGGCACUGCCCUCAGCAUGCCUCCCACCCCACCACCACCUCCUGCUUGAGAAACAGGAAAAGCGGUCUCUCUGGGCUGUUCCGUGAACACUCGCAUUUUUCUGACACAUCUCUUUUAGGUAACUUCCACAUUAUUUGAAUGCUGGUUUUAACUGCGUCAAUCAGCACAUUUAGAAACCACAGGCACAUCUUAAAAAACACCAGACACAGCCAGAGGAAAAGAUUAACACUCUACUGGACUGCAAGAGCAGUCUCCAAGUGACAUCAGACCUUUGUAGGCUAAUGCUCAGAAGACCCCAGAGACUGCUAAGACAGGUUCUUGAGAUCCUCUAGCAGCAAAACCAACUCGCACAAGUUUACAAUGUCAAGCAAUGUUUCACAAUGCCACGUUGUUGAAGAAAUGGAACCUUUUACCUAUUUUUACUACUUGAUUUUUCUCAUGGGAUUUAUUGGAAGCUGUUUUGCACUAUGGGCAUUCACACAAAGAGAUCAGAAACAGAAGUGUAUGAGCAUCUACUUAAUUAACCUCUUAACAGCAGAUUUUUUGUUGACUUUGGCACUGCCAGUAAAGAUUAUUGUUGACCUAGGAGUUGCGUCCUGGAAACUGAGAAUAUUCCACUGUCAAGUUACAGCCUGUUUCAUCUACCUGAACAUGUAUUUAUCUAUUAUAUUUCUGGGAUUUGUAAGCAUGGACCGUUGUCUUCAGCUAAUGCACAGUUGUAAGACAUACCGCAUUCAGGAGCCUGGAUUUGCCAAGAUGUUGUCUGCAGUCAUAUGGACAAUGGUUCUCCUUAUAACAGUACCUAACAUGGCUAUUCCAAUAAAAAACAUUGAAGAACAACCUGGUGCAGGAUGCAUUGAUUUUAAAACAAAAUUUGGAAGAGACUGGCACGUGUUUACUAAUUUCAUAUGCACAGCGAUAUUCCUGAAUUUUUCAGCUGUGAUACUGAUUUCCAAUUUCAUUGUUGUUCGACAGCUCUACCAGAACAAAUACAGUGAGAGUUAUGCAAACGUGAAGAAAGCCCUCAUAAACAUACUCCUGGUAACUGCAAGCUACCUGCUAUGUUUUGUGCCAUACCACAUUGUUCGUAUCCCCUAUACUUUGAGCCAAAGUGAUACCAAUACCAGCUGCUCUCUGAAACAAGCUCUCUUUAAAGCUAAAGAAUCUACCUUGCUGUUUGCCAUAUCAAACCUCUGUUUUGACCCUAUCCUGUAUUACCAUCUUUCCAAAUCAUUCAGACUGAAAUUCACUGAAACUUUUGGCACAGCUAAAGAGACACAGGUUUUCACAGACAAAGAGGUACAACACAGAAGUGAGCAGCAGAUACAAAAGUACCAAUUUUAAAAUACAUCAGAGGAGUGUUCAGAUCUACAGUACAAACAGCUGAGGUGCAAUUGCAAGCAUGGUUACCAUGGGAAAUGACUUUCCUGCUGAAACAUGAGCCCAAGCAGAAGGAAAAAACUUGAACCAUACCUACUACUUUGUUAUACAUUCACACAGCAGGUCUGGACUAACAGAAUCUCAAUAAAGCCCUUCAGAAACAGUUCAAAAUGCCAGUGAUGCCCUUCCAGGGAUCAGCAACACUUAAGAACAUAAGAAAUCAGACAAAUUCAAACGUACCUUGUAAAUAUUUGUGGUAAAUACCUGAGCUCACCUUUUCUAAGUUAAGUAUUGUAUAGUUACUAUAUUAACCAACUUGGUGCAAUCGAAUGAAGAAAGUAAUUUAAAGCAGUUCUUCAGCUGCAAAGUUUUCAUAUAUACACUUAACCCAAAAGCAUUUUAAAGGGCAUUAUUUACUCCAGAAAGUGAUUUUAAGCGGCAUUGACUGAAAGUUGUUGUAUCUGCUUAUGUCAUACCUGCAGUUUUUAUAAAUAAAUUUCUUAUUGCCAAGUU